AUGAAUGCAACAGAAACCAUCGAUUUUCUCAGACAUUUCUUUCGCACGGAGCCACUGAUCGGCGACGUCCUCGGCACCUCUGUGACCUAUGACGAGAAGCGUGGGUAUGCUUCCGUCUUCCUGAGCCUGGCGUACCACAAGCAGGGCGGUCAGAUCAGCAAGGCCCGGGAACAGGUCGCAGUGUAUGAAUGGCGGAGGCAGAGGGUCGAAGGAGAAGUCAAGGGCGUGGUCGACUGGGUCUGGUGGAAGCAAUCGUGUGCUAGUGCUGUGCCUCCCGUGCCAUUCUGA